UAUUAGAGUUGUCAACUGCUGCGAUGGACUUGCCACGUUUGCGAUAACGGGAAAAAUCACUCAAAAACAAAAAUGAUUUAUAGCUAAUGCUUUGUACUAGUCAAAUGAUCAUGGUCUCAAAGUGUACUUGGGAAAUCUAACAAAUACAACAUGUUGAGUAGAGCAUCACAUACAAUAGCAUUAUGUUCCAUCGCCAACUUUAUAAACUCGGCGGACAGAGUGAUUAUGCCCAUUGCUAUUGUACCCAUGGCAGAUGAGUAUAAAUGGGACCUACAUGGACAAGGAUGGGUUCUUAGUUCUUUUGCUGUUGGUUACAUGAGUAGCCAGGUAAUUGGUGGAAGUGGGGCCAAAAAGUAUGGAGGAAAGAUGAUGCUUACCAUAGCUGUGCUUCUGUGGUCUUUGUCAACGUUUCUCGUCCCCUUCUUUGCUCAUUCCAUUUAUGCAUUAAUACUUUCAAGAGUCUUGUUAGGACUUGGUGAAGGAUUAGGAUUGCCAACAAUUUUCCAUAUUUUUUCCCAUGCCAUUCCAUGUGAAGAGAGGUCUAGGGCUUUUGGUUAUUUGGUUGCAUUUGGCUCUAUUGGACAAACUUUUGCAUCUGUGCUGUGCCCUCACCUAGACUGGGAGUGGAUGUUUUAUUUAUUCGGUUUUAUGGGUUUUGUGUGGGUUUUAUUGUGGAUUCUGAUGUACAAAGAAAUUAGAACAUCCACUGAGGAAGACUUUGUUGAUCCUCCAAAGGUCAAUAAUAACAAUGUUUCCUGGCGAGAAUUUCUGUGCCAUUGGCCGCUUUGGUCCAUUUAUAUUGCUCACUUUAGCAUGAACUGGUCCAAUUAUAUAAUCAUGCAGUGGCUGCCAACAUAUAUGACUCGUACACUUGGGGCCGAAAAGAGCCAUAUCAUGUUUACGGCAGUGCCUUACAUCAUGAAUUCUUUAGUCGGAAUGGGUGCUGGACACUUUGCCGAUUCCCUGAUAACCAAAGACAAGUGGACAUUACUGUCGGUUAGGAGGCUAAUGACCAGCAUUGGUCUUCUGGGACCAGGAUUAUUUAUUUUAUUUUUCAGCGCUGUAAAUAAUUUAUCCCUUGCUGUUUUCUUUGUUUCCCUUUCUCUUGGUUUAAGUGCUUGUAACUCAUCAGGACACCUGAGCAAUCAUGCAGAAGUGGCUCCUAAUCAUGCUGGAAUUACUUUUGCCAUCUCCAACACAUUGGCAACAAUCCCUGGUAUCACAUGUGGACCGCUGACAGCAGAACUUGUACUACAGAGUCACGGUCGAUGGUUUCCCGUGUUCAUCAUUGCCGCCGGAGUGAAUUUUGUUGGUGCUAUUAUUUACCUUAGUCAGAGUGCAGCCAGCCAAGUGCUGUAGCCUCAAAGUUUUGUUUUUCUGAUCAAAAAUAUAAACACUUGAACUUUAAUUCCAGUCAGUGUUUUUGCAAUGUAUUUAAAUCACUUGAUGCUUCAUUUUCAUCUGUUGAAUGAAGAAUGAAUGUUAUUUUUUAAAAAUUUAAUGUGUGGUAUGUAUUAGAUGUGUGUUAUGUAUUAGGUAGGGCACAUUUGGUGCCUUCUUUGAAGGAUAUAUUAAAUGUGAACAUAUAUUUUUUUAGAUAAAUAAUGUGCUGAAUUGUUUUUUGAAAGGUUCCAAUACUCAUUAUUUGAGAUGUUUUUUUUUUUCUGUGAUGAGAGCAUUAGUUCUGUAGAUAUAAAUUUAAUCCUGCUUUAUUGUUCAAAUGUGGCAUUUGAUUGUAUAUUUAUAAUAUGUACAUGUGUAAAGAAAUAUUUUUUAUGUGAAUGGAAUUUCAAAUUCUCCAAUUAAGGAUUUAUAGUUGCCAAAAAUUUGUUUUUGCUUAGGUUAAAAAAAUAUGAAUAUGUAUUUUUGAAGGUAUGGUAUGCAAUACCCUCUGAGAUUAUUUUAUGAACAACAUGCAUUUUUGUUGAUAUUUAUUUUUGUUGUUUUGAAUUGCAUGUAUAUACAUGUAACAACAUCCCUCCAUUUGUUGAAGCAGGGUGUAUUUUGUGUCUGAAUGAAAAAAGGGGAGAUUUUACUAGAGAAAUACUGUAACAGUAUGUUUUGCAUUGACCCCCAUUCUUCUUUACACCUUUUCAAGAUUUAGUACAGAACUGACAAUAUAUGUCUUGUUUUUUAAAUUUUUCUAUUAGCAUAUCAUAUGUUAAAUGUAAACACAUUUUGUUUAAAAAAAGUGCAAAUCAAUUUCGAAUGUAGUAACUGUUGUUACAUGUAGCUUUGCAUUGAAAAGAACAAAUUUUGAGUGUGAUUUUAUUCACUGCUCUUUAUUUGUAAUUCAAUGAUUUAUCCAUAUCUUGAAUAUUUGAAAAAACUAAGUUUGUAAAGCAUUUUAAGCUAAAGAUAAUGUAUUUUAAUAAUUAUGAGUUCAUGCCAUUGUGAGCUACUCUUAGAUCUGGUUGAAUUAGGAUGUAAACACCCAGUAUUGCUAUCCCUUUUUUAAGUAAUUAACAUUAACAGAGAAAAAAAAAUCCUUAUACGCAGUAACAACAACCAAUGAAGCAUGAUAAAGUCUUUAUAAAUGCCUUUGAAUUUAAGGUUCAUUGACCCUCUGAUAAGAGAGAUAACUGUCACUAAGAUAAAUGACUAGAAUUUCUUUAUAAAAUUGUGACCUGCAAAGUAUGCUGAAGUUGUGAGCAUUUUUUAAAAAUUACAUAGACUUUUGUUGAAAAAUUAUAAGUGUUAUAACAAAGUUUUAUAUGAGUUAACAGAGGAACAUUGAACCCGAUGUGAAAUGAGAAGAAAGUAACAUAUCUUACAGACAUUCCCCAAUUUAAAAAAAAGGUAAUGCAAAUAAUAUAGAGGUAUUAUACAAGCAUAAAAUGUCAGCAGUGAAUUUCUUUAGUGACAGAAAAAGUGUGUGAGGAUGAGAAAGUCAUGUUGUCAAGAAAAUUUCAUUAAAAAAAAAUAAAAAUGUAAUGAAUAUUUGUA